CAGGGAGCAGGAGGAGGACUUGGGAGGCAAAACAUGGCGAAAUAUCAAGUUUGAAACUGCAGCGUCCGUCCCUCGGAUUACAAAUGCGACUUCAAGACGUUUGGACGCCGGAGAACGCAAGCAACGCUUAACUUUGAAGAGUCGAGGGCCGCAGCUUUUAAGCGUUAACGCUGUAUUGGGGCAGUGGCUGCCCGUUUUUCCCCCCCGAACGCUGGCAGCCGUAGGCGCGACUGUCAACACAGAAAAUGGAUGAAGACGGAAAGUUUAUUCUGGGAAAACGCAAUUAGCCCGCUAGCUUAGCUUGACGUUAGAUCGCUCGCGCGCACCUGACUCGCGCUACGGAUCGUCGGACUCUCCGGCCGAGAUUGGGGAAUAUUUAAGUCGUGAUACUGUAACAAGUUUCACAACUGCACUCGCGAGGAAACGCAUUUAGGACGAAGCCAAUUUAAGUCGUUUCCCACGCGUGUUUUUGUCGUAAUAUUCUGGGUGGACGCCUCUAAAUGACAGGCUGACAGGCGGUUCUGGUGCGGUGCGGACGAACCCGGACGCCAUCACAUCAGACGUUGCGUUAUCAAAAAAAAAAAAAAAAAAAACAACCACUGCGUUGCUGAGCCGCGAAUGUAUUUCAUACUUUUACCAGCGCAACCGGGAAUGUUUCCGUGGCACCGCAGACCUCUCUGGUAGUUGAUUUUUUUUAACCUGCGACACGCAUCGUUUGUCAAACCUAACAUUUGUUGAGGAGCAGUCUUGUCAAAAUGAACGCAGCAAGGUGUUCAACAACAGUGGAGGUGCAUCGCAUUGAAACCAUGCCAGUGAUCCAAACGGCACCGAUGGCCGGCUAACGGUGACGUUAUCACUUUGUGGAGACCUAUUCAAUCAACUUGAAUCUGUUUUGUUGGCGUGUUGCAAUCGGGGCUUUCUGUUUUUUCCCCCGUCAAACUACUGCGGAUAACAUCCUACUGUAGCUGUCGGCCGGAGUUGACGCGGGGCUAGCCAGCUGGGUGCGUCGAUGGCAGCUCGAUCUGCGAUGUGCCCGCAAAUCUAAGUGCUACCGCGUUGUUCCGCCGCAGUUUCCGCGCACCUAACAACGCGUUUAUACCAGAUUUUCUGCGGCUAUUUGCCGCCGAGCUCGCUCGCGCGGACACUUCUUUUUUUCCCCCCAAAGACUUGUCAUCAACAUAAGUGGCUAACUUGUUAGCUAACGCUAUAAGUUUCACCAGCCAUGUCUGAAAACGCCCCCACACGAAGCCUGGAUGACAUAGACCUCGCAGCUCUGAGGGAUCCAGCAGGGAUCUUUGAGCUGGUUGAAGUUGUUGGCAAUGGGACAUACGGACAGGUGUACAAGGGCCGCCAUGUGAAGACCGGCCAGCUGGCAGCCAUCAAGGUGAUGGAUGUCACAGAGGAGGAAGAGGAGGAGAUCAAAGCAGAAAUCAACAUGCUGAAAAAAUACAGCCACCACCGCAACAUUGCCACGUACUAUGGUGCCUUUGUUAAGAAGAGUCCACCGGGCCAUGAUGACCAACUUUGGCUCGUUAUGGAGUUUUGUGGGGCGGGAUCAGUGACCGACCUGGUGAAAAACACUAAGGGCAGCUCUCUGAAGGAGGACUGGAUUGCUUACAUCUGCAGAGAGAUCCUAAGGGGCCUCUCACACCUACACGCCCAUAAAGUUAUCCACAGAGACAUCAAGGGCCAGAAUGUGCUGCUAACAGAGAAUGCAGAGGUCAAGCUUGUUGAUUUCGGUGUGAGUGCCCAGUUGGACAGAACGGUUGGACGUAGGAACACCUUUAUUGGGACACCGUACUGGAUGGCACCUGAGGUCAUUGCCUGUGAUGAGAAUCCUGACUCCACCUAUGACUACAGGAGUGAUAUCUGGUCAUUGGGGAUCACAGCUAUUGAGAUGGCAGAGGGAGCCCCUCCCUUGUGUGACAUGCACCCAAUGAGGGCGCUCUUCCUGAUUCCUAGGAAUCCCCCUCCAAAACUAAAAUCCAAAAAAUGGUCCAAGAAAUUCAUUGACUUCAUAGAAGGCUGCCUUGUGAAGACGUAUCCCAGUAGACCAUCCACAGAACAGCUGCUCAAGCACUCUUUUAUCAGGGACCAGCCCACUGAGCGCCAGGUCAGAAUCCAGCUGAAAGACCAUAUCGACCGUACUCGGAAGAAAAGAGGAGAGAAAGAGGAGACAGAGUAUGAGUACAGUGGUAGUGAUGAAGAAGAUGAAAAUCGGGGGGAUGACCGAGAAUCAAGUUCAAUCCUUAAUAUACCUGGCGAGUCCACCCUGAGGCGAGACUUCCAGCGUCUACAGCAAGAGAACAAGGAGCGCUCAGAGGCUCACAAGAGGCAGCAGGCCCAACUGGCCGCUCAGCGCAGAGACCCCGAGGAGCACAAGAGGCAACUAUUGCAUGAUCGACAGAAACGCAUCGAGGAGCAGAAGGAACAGCGCCGCCGACUCGAGGAGCAACAGAGAAAAGAGCGAGAGAUGGUGAGGCAGCAGGAAAAGAAUCCCCAUCGGAGACUUGACGAUAUGAGACGGGAAGAAGAUAGAAGGUUGGCUGAGAGGGAGCAGGAGUUUAUCAGGCAUAAGUUAGAAGAAGAGCAGCGGCAGUUAGAGAUCCUUCAGCAGCAGCUGCUUCAGGAGCAGGCAUUGCUAAUGGAGUAUAAGCGCAAGCAGCUGGAGGAACAGCGCCAGUCAGAGCGCCUGCAGAGGCAGCUGCAGCAGGAGCAUGCCUACCUGGUGUCUCUGCAACAACAGCAGCAAGAAAAGAAGCCCCAACUUUACCACUACAACAAAAACCUAGAGCCCAACAACAAACCUACAUGGGCUCGUGAGGUGGAGGAGCGAAGUAAACUCAACAGACAGGGCUCACCCAAAAUCUGUACCACUGUCUCCGACACUGCCAUCCAGUCACGCUCUGACUCAAUCAGCCAGUCAGGAGUAGUCCAGUCUGCUCAGACCCCACCAAUGCAGAGGCCUGUUGAACCCCAAGGGGGGCAGAGCAAGUUCCAAAUGGCUCACUUGGUUCCUCUCAAGCCUUAUGCUGCCCCUGUCCCUCGCUCCCAGUCCCUGUGUGACCAGCCCACUAAGACUAUGUCCGCCUUCCCUACCCAGGAUCCCUCCCUUACCCCCACACCCCGUCCCAUCCACUCAAGAGAACUGGUGCGUCAAAAUUCAGACCCCACUUCUGAAACCCCGGCCCCUCAGGCCCAUCAAAUCCGAGAGGAUCGAGGCCCCUGGAUUCGCCUGCCAGAUGUGGAACUCCCACCAAAGAUUCCCCAAAGGACAGCAUCUAUUGCCACAGCUCUCAACACUAACCUGACCUCUGGAAUAAGGCAUCCAGUGAGAGCCAGCAAUCCAGAUCUUAGUCGCAAUGACCGCUGGGAGAGGGGAGAUAGUAUGAGCAUCAUAUCCAAUUUGCCCCAGACUGGUUCACUAGAGAGGCAUCGCAUCCUUAGCUCCUCCAAAAUGGAUUCACCAAUUCUCUCCCAAGAUAGUCGUCAUAAGCCAGGGGAGUCUCGCACCUCCUCCCGCCCUGGGCGCCCCGCUAGUUACAAGAGAGCUAUAGGGGAGGACCAUGGUCUCUUUGCCAAGGAGCGUACUGAGGAGCAACCAAGGCCCCCAGUUAAGGCCAAUGAUUACUCCUCAUCUUCUGAGAGCAGCGAGAGCAGUGAGGAGAGUGAGAGUGGUGAAGGAGCAGAGGAGGAAGAAAGCCCAACCGAUCGUCACAGGGAUGCAGACACUGAUUCAGUCAACACCAUGGUGGUUCAUGAAGAUGAAGGCGAAGCAGGGGAGGGGGAUCAGGCUGGAGGCUAUGGGGAUCAGACCAUGCUGGUGCAGAGGACCCCAGAGAAGCGGAGCCAUAAUGGAUACACUAACUUGCCAGAUGUGGUGCAGCCCUCUCACUCCCCCACUGAUUCAGCCACUCACUCCUCCCCUGGGAAGGAUUCUGUUUAUGAUUAUCAGUCCAGAGGUUUGGUUAAAGCAUCUGGAAAGUCCUCUUUCACCACCUUUGUGGAUCUGGGCAUGUACCAGUCACCUGCUAGUACAGGGGAUAACAUGUCUGUCAGCGGCUCCAGGUUUGAGCAGCUGAAGAUGGAGGUGAGAAAGGGAUCCAUGGUGAAUGUCAAUCCCACUAACACCCGACCUCCCAAUGACACACCUGAGAUCCGCAAGUACAAGAAGAGAUUCAACUCAGAGAUCCUAUGUGCUGCCCUUUGGGGUGUGAACCUGUUGGUGGGUACGGAGAACGGUUUGAAGCUGCUGGACCGUAGUGGACAGGGCAAGGUUUAUCCCCUCAUCAACUCCCGCAGGUUCCAACAGAUGGACGUCCUGGAGGGACUCAACCUGCUCAUCACUAUAUCAGGCAAGAAAAACAAAGUGCGUGUCUAUUAUCUGGCCUGGCUGAGGAACAAGAUCCUUCAUAAUGACCCUGAGGUGGAGAAGAAGCAGGGGUGGACCACUGUGGGAGAGAUGGAGGGCUGUGUACACUACAAAGUGGUGAAAUAUGAGAGGAUAAAGUUCCUGGUGAUUGCUUUGAAGAAUGCCGUGGAAGUGUAUGCUUGGGCACCUAAACCUUAUCACAAAUUCAUGGCCUUCAAGUCAUUUGCAGACCUUCCACACAGGCCUGUGCUUGUUGACCUGACAGUGGAGGAGGGUCAGAGGUUGAAGGUCAUCUACGGUUCAUGUGCUGGCUUCCAUGCCAUUGACGUGGACUCUGGAAACAACUAUGAUAUUUAUAUCCCUGUGCAUAUCCAGAGCCAUGUGACACCACAUGCAAUUGUGUUCCUACCCAGCUCAGAUGGCAUGGAGAUGCUGCUGUGCUAUGAAGAUGAGGGAGUCUAUGUAAAUACUUAUGGACGCAUUAUCAAGGAUGUGGUCCUGCAGUGGGGCGAGAUGCCCACAUCUGUUGCUCAUAUCUGCUCAAAUCAAAUCAUGGGUUGGGGAGAGAAGGCCAUUGAGAUUCGCUCUGUGGAGACUGGCCACCUGGAUGGCGUCUUCAUGCACAAAAGAGCUCAGAGGCUGAAGUUCCUUUGUGAGAGAAAUGACAAAGUGUUCUUCGCUUCAGUGCGGUCUGGAGGCAGCAGCCAGGUGUACUUCAUGACCUUGAAUCGAAACUGCAUCAUGAACUGGUGAACAGAGAGCUGCGUCGAUCAGCGUAUGGAGUCCUGCUGGGCUUGGAGAUUGAAGUACAUGUCCUGAAAUUCUCACUAACGCAUGCGCCCAGAUGCCAACUCUCUCAUCUCUUUCUGUCCGUCUAAUUCUCAUGCACUCACUCCAAAGACACAAAGACACACAGACACACAUAGAGAAACACAGUCUCAAAGUUCAUUCCAGCCUUUACCUCUUAAGUUACAAUUUGCUCCAAGGACGCCAGAAAACAUUGUCCUUGGAGUCCUCAUAAAAAUCACAGACGAGCUUCAGAUGUUAAUACCACAUAUUAAUUUGUACUGUAAAUAUUCUUGUCUUGAUUUACUUGGUGAACCUUGUUCAGUCGUAACUAUUUAGUUCCCAAUUGUGAAGUAUGUUAAAACAUUCCUUGAUGGUUCUAACAUUAUGAGGAAGGCAUUAUUUACCAAUACUGUAUGUUGAAAUGAAGCUGUAAAUAGCACCUGACACUUAGAUCAAUCAUUUGCAGGCCUCGUAUAUAGCCUCCAUUUAGUGUGGUCUUCAAAUAAUAAAAUGCUGGAAUGCCUAUCAGAUCGGCAGCGGCUUGUAGAACCUGUUGUUUUGGAAGUUUAAUAAUUCCAGGGAGGCUUAAAAGAAGGAUUUAGUACAAAAAUACUACGAAGGGUUAGAAAACUUAGAUCAAGGUAGCUUGUUUAAACAUUUGUAGUCUAUAGUUCACCGUAUCCUCAAGCAUUCGUUGGCCUGUUUGGCAAAUGACGUUGCAACUCUUGAUGAUGACAAAUACGCCUUGAAUUCAGAAGCAAAUGAAUUUCUGUUUUAAAAACUCUUAAAGACUUAAGUACAUGUCAACGUUACUCUGAAUCAGUUCUGGGAAAACUCCCGCUUUGCCUUUUUUUCUAUUAUUUGAGCGAGCCUUUAAUUCUUUGACUCAUCAGGCGUAUAUAUAAACUUUGAUUUCAUAGAUUUACAAAAUACAUUUUGAUAUUUACAUGUUGUGAUUCUGUAUUGGUAUUAGCCUACUGUUCUUCUUAAUUUUGCUGUAAUUAUAUUGCCAUUACGUUGCAAUAUAUGCUAUUCUUGUGGAGUCUUUGUUUGAAAAGGACAGGUCACAUAUUUGGCGAAUGUUAUUAGACGAGUGUGAUGACAACAGCGCAGGAGGACAGUUGUCAGUAAAGGACAUUGGAGGGUGAAACUGAGGUUAGUGAUUGAGGGAGAUGUUUUUCAGGGUACCUCACCCUUUUAUCACAAUGAUCUACUCUACUGUAAUAUAUUUUAGUUCUUAGACUAUAUCGUUAGUGUGGGUCUUUAUUGUGAGAGGGGGGUUGCAAUAGAAUAACUCUUAGUGUAGUGCAGUUCAUAUUUGUCUUGGGACGGUGGAAAGAUUGGGGUGACUCUGAAAUGCCACAGCAGAAUCUACUAUGGCCAACAUGGCUGGAUCACGAGACUUAAUAUAUUUUAUAUCGAUAUACAUUCUGCCAAAGUUCACAGCAUAUUCUGCAACAGGGGUAUGAACCAAGUCCAAAGGGAAGAGAGCUUAAAUGGAGACUAGAGAGAGAGAGAGAAAAGCUGUUCCUACAGAUCACUAACCGCUGUUUUCUUUCAGUAUGUGAAUCCAAAGAGUCAGAUGAUGUUUCACUAAAACUAUUACCAGAUUUUAGCUGUUUCUGGCUUUAUAAUGACAAUGACUUGUACUGCAUCGCUUGUAUUGCUCUUAUUGGCCUGAUAUGUUGCAGCGUUAGCGGGGAAUCAGCUCAUAGAUCAAGCUUUUUGUUUAGUAAUUAUCUUGUCACCACAGCACUUUAGUAUUAAGAGAUGGACAUUUUAAAAGUAUUGUCUGCAACUAAUUUUCAUGCAGUGGGUUUAUCUGGUAGUAAAUGAAAGCACCUGUAAAACUCCCGUGAGCUCAUAUGCUAUGAAAGGAAUCUUGGCUAGUGAUCAGAGGGACAUGAUUCUAAAAGUCGUGCUCUUAGGCACAAAGAUAUUUUCAAUGGUGGAAAAUGGAGCUAUUAAGAAUGCAGUACAUGGUUAGAGCCUUUUAUCAACGAUAAUAGAGAUUAUUUUAUGGUGAGGUAAUAAAAGAGAAAGCACUUUCACUUCAGUACAAAUAAAUUUGCAGAUAUAUCUGAAGCAGAUAGUUUGGUGUGCAUGUAAACUGUUGAUAGUAUAUAGUACUGUAUCAAAAAUGUGUUCCUAUGUUGUUGUUUUUUUUUAUCCUUGAAGAUCCAUGUGCCAUGACCUCUAGUUCCAAUUUCUCAAUUACAAUCCAACUUGUGCUUUUUACGGUCAAUUCCUAAUUUUUUUUUAUCAAUCUGCCAUGUUUACAGUUGCUUGGAUUUAUAGUGCCUUGGAUUUGGGAAGCUGAGCAGUUUUCGGAUGGGUUGUGAUCUCCUCAUGUCUCUUACGUGAAGAAAAGGCACAACUCCAUGUCCCCCCUCAUUGCGAUAAAUGUCCUGUGCCAGUUAAGUGCACUUAAAUCAAAUCCAGAAAAUCCCACAGAGGGACUUGAAAUUCCUUUUUGGCACCAGUUAAAACCUAAAGUAACCAAUAGAUGUCCAUAAAGUUGCAAUAACAAGUAGGCAAAUAGAUGUAGUCCAGUGUAACAUGUAGAGGAUCUACUCCCAGUGGGAUCCAGCAUAGAGAAAAGCCAUACAUAUGAUACAGUAUAUGUUUGUAGAGAAAACUUAGUACUUGUGCACAGAUCAAAUGAAACUCUGUGUUGUCUGCUCAGACAAUGUAGGUCCUCACAGCAACCUGAGGUAAGCACUUAUUCUUUAAAGAUGCUGAUUGUGUAAUCUUGUAGUGGGAAAUUAGCUUGAUAUAUAUUCUGAGAAGCCUAUUUUAUAAAAAAGGAUGUUAAUUAGUCUAUAUUGAAAAAUAAAGUGAAUGUACAUCUACAAUAUAUAAUACAGGUUUGUAUUUAUAAAAAAAAAAUCAUGUAUCACUAUUAAACAAAGCACAAUGUAUUUUAAGGCAGAGGUUAAAGCUAUAAUGCAGUGUAACAGGGAGGUGGAGUUUUCCCCACAUUCGCUCAGCAGUUGUUAAAGUCGUCUGUGUCUAACCAGCCGAAGUUGUUGGUUGUAGUAAGUGCUGUAGUCGGCUGGGACAGCUGUGUCUGUGUGUGGACAGUGUCGUUAUCUCUGAGCUUUACAAUGUCACUGGUUAAUAGAGGAACCAGCCCGGGUUCAGACAUGUGGUGAGUCACAGGCCGGUGUUGGACUUGAGGUCUGCGCUGUGAUUUGCCUGUGAAGUUCGACAAGCUGACGACAGGGAUGUUCACACUCUGUGUAGUGGUGAUGGGGUAAUGGUCGUAGUGAGGUUACUGGCUCUUGGCUUCAGGUUUGUACAAAAAAUGCUUUUUGCAAGUGAACAAUUGUGACAUCACUGAUCGCUCCAGACACCAAAUACAGAAAACAUCUCAUGAAACUAAAAAAACUAUUUUAUUUCAUAGUUUGUGAUACUGACACUGAUGUGGAUACUAGAAGUGUGUGGAUUUUGUGUUUCUGUGCUUAGAAGUUUUGUUGUUCAGUUUUAGAAUUUUCAUCAUUUUCAUCAUGCUGUAAUACUCUAAAAGACCUGGCGAUCUAUAAAACUGGUCUAGUUUUCCUGUACUGUAAAUCACUAAACACGAAUGUUGGAAAACAUUUGUGUUUAGUAAGAUCCUUAUUUUACCAAUAAGAAGUCGGUUAUUUCUCUACAUUAUAGCUAAUAAUAAUAUCUAGUUUAUUGAGGUGGUCGCUCCCCAAAAUAAACUUAUCUAAUUUAAUGCAUUGUUGUUCUUCUAUUGAUUUCUGUACAUAAAGUCUUAAUUUCUGAUUCUGAUUUCUAUGUCGUUCUCGCCAAGAGCCAUUAAAAGAACUGAACUCUAAAGAAGAUUUGUGUCACUCUGACCACAGUGAACAUGUCAGUCAGUAAGAAGGCAGGACUAAAAGCAGAUUACAUUUAUUUUAUAAGCAAUACAAGCAUUUGAACCACCGUCUCGGGGCGACUUGCAGGAAGUGAUCGUCAGCGGCCUUUGGCGGACUGAAUGUGGGCUGGGUUGUGUGUUGCUUGUUACUGGAAUCGUUCUGUAGCUUAAUUUCGUAUGUAAUCACAUGAGAUAUCAGCUUCUCUGUUUAACACAAUCACCUGUUGGGAUGCUUGUUUUUGUUUCGGUGUCAUGAAUCCUGAUAACUGCCUUUUAUGCCCUUUUGAUUCUAGAUAGGUGGACGAUGGUUAAUAUCACGACGAGGCACUUCCCUCUAAUAGCUUAUAUUUGUAAUUGAAGUAUGGAUGAUUAGCAGCUGUAGCGGCGAGCGAGACAGAUCAAACUUGGGGAGCUCUGGACAGAACUACAAUAUCUAUUGUUUAUCAAUAACUUUUUUUUAUGACAGUAAACAUCUUUGCAAUGUUCUAGUGUGUGUGCGCGCGUCUGUGUUAUUUGUGAGAGGUUAACUCCAGAUUGUAUUUCAUAGACUGAUAAAACUUUAAAAUUUCAAAAGAUUGUGUUGAAUGAAUUCAUGUCUUAAUACUGAAUUGUUUGAAAAAUAAAAUCCAUUGACCUCA